UUUCCAAAGUCGAAGAUUAUCAAACCAUGCAGAAAUGCUAUAAAGUGCAACGUCAGAGUAAUAUUGUAUUCAUAUAUUCAAGAAGAAUGAAAGACAAAUGAAGACAGGUGAAAACGGCCAGGUUUGAUUGGCUGUCGAAUUAAGUUCCUUGUUUUGUGAAAUGCGUAAUUAUGUAAAUAGGAAUGCUUGUUUGUAUCAAAUGCAAGUUUACAAUCGUUUUAUUUUAUUUCGAGGAGAAUAGUACACGUAACGCGGCGUCGACUCUCGUUCUAAACAAGAAAACACUGUAUCAUUAUAUACAAACUUGACAAAAUUUAACGUUUUAACAUCUAACGAUGACAUUCUCAGUGAGAAUUUUAUUGCUUUUGUUCAUCUCCUUUGGUAAACUAAAAGCAUCGAUAACUGUUAAUCGUACAACGCAGGACACAUUUACAAAUCCUCUUUGCGAAGAGGGUGUUAACUGCAAGACGGAACAGUGUGCCAGACAUUAUGCUAAAUGUGAAACGAAAUCAUGCGAAGUCUGUAUUUGUGACAAUUAUUCGGCAAAUUAUUUAGCAAGCGAGAAACGUUGUCUCAACGACGACAAAAUUGUUUCACAAACAGUUCCGGAAUACAGUUCGUUUGCAAUAUCCAGGAGUAAUGUAAAAAACGUUUUUCUUGCGGUUCAACCGUCGGGUAUCAUCCAGCGCAAAAGUAUAUACAAUGGAGAUUUACAGGAAACAUGGAUAUAUACGACAUCAUCCCAAUUGUUGAACCUAAAAUCACUGGAGUGUUUAGAUUACAGCAACGGGAUCGCGAGGUCGAUAUCGGUUAAGCCAUGUAAAGCAGGUAAAGAAGCCAUCGGCCAGAAAUGGUACUGCCCAAGUUCAGGAAAUGACUUCUACGGUAAGAUGAACGGAUCCGCUUUAUCUCUGGAUUUUACGAGCAUUCAUUUUCUUAUGUUCAAAACACGUCCACGCUUAAAAACGAAAUGGAUUGCUAAACCAAAAACUGAUGGUGACUUUCGAUCCAUAUGCGAAUUGCCUCUGAAAUACGAAGGUUGUUAUAGAUAUACAGAUGGCUCCUCUGUAAAAAGGAUUGACCCUGGCAUACCGAAAGGUUGUAUAAAAUCAUCUAAAAGACCGGAAUGUUAUACAACAUUGUCCAUCUCGGCACCAUUAUUUGGAUAUGGUGCGUCUCAAAGCACAACUUGCUCUGUCGACUGGUCACGAUCUUUAUUCACUGCCAACAAUGAACCAUGGAUUUCGUUUAAAUCACCAAUUUUCAACCCACGUUUUGAUACACGACAUUUUAAAAAUAUAUCAUUAAAGAUUCACCAAGAAGUAGCAAACCUCUGGGCUGGAACGUUGAUGAAAUUGACAAUUAAUUGUAAUGUACACAAUUUUGACAAUACAGAAGAAACAGUUGAGAGUCAUUGCAUCUUAAUAAAGUUUAAUGGCCGUUUCGAUCUAAGAAAGUGCAGAAUGAAGAAGAUGGCCCAAUAACAAGUAUCCAUGUUUGAUGAUUUGCCAAAAGACAUAUUGUAUGGAAAAUUGAAGAAGUUGAAUUAACAAACUACUGAUGAUAAUAUUGACAUGACGACUAGAUAAAGAAAAGCAAAGAAAAGAUAUCGCAAGUCCGCUUUCGACUGAAGAAGAAACUGAUAUAUAUGAUUGAAUCUGCCUUGUUUGCAAUGGGGGAUAGAACGAAUAUGAAGGCGAAUGGAUUGUUUGCGUGAAUUGUACUGCUUAGGCUCACAAGGAUUACACAUUUGACAAGAUUUGUGUCUUGUGUCAUUGAAUUCCAUCCCUGGUUUUGUUUACUUAUUAAUAUAUUGAUCGAUUAAGUUCAACUCAAACUUUCUAUAAUUUUUUAAUAAAUGAAAAAUCCUAGAUUUUUUGGUAAAAAUUAAGUUGAUAAUUUUUUAUAGAUGUUUUCUACAAUUUUACUUCUUCAGUCCCCUACUAUCUAUUGCGAAAAGGUUCCUAUCUAAGUUUCUCACUUUGCUGCAGGAUCUGGGGAAAGUGAGACACAUCGACUUGUCUGAUAUAAUGGAAAAAUAAAACUCUAUGUAAAAACUGUAAAA